AUGGUCUAUGGCCGCCAGCGCAGCCACGGGUGCAUUCUCUGCCGCAGGCGUAAAAUCAAAUGCGACGAACGCAAACCUUCCUGUCGCAACUGCGAAUCCUACGGCAAAGCAUGUCCCGGCUACACGCGCUCUUCGUUCCCGAUUAUCUUCCGGAAUGAGAAACGUCGCGUUGAGGCGUUAGUACGGAAGUCGCGAAAGAAGUCGCCGUUGGAAGAUGGGCCAGGCGCUGCCGAUGCCGAUGCGGUGGCGGCAUCUACAUCAUUGUCCGUGGACGGCCAGGAUGCAAAUGCAGCUGCAGAUGCAGAUGGGUAUGCAGGUCCCCGAUCCCCGAUCACGAGCCCCGCGCGCAGUCCGCUGGUUCUAUUGCAGAAGAAGUACAUGCGACAACCCGUGCCGAGGUAUCUGGACACGCCGUGGGAAGUGCAGAGUCAUUGUUUCUUUAUGGAGCAGUAUACCAUGCCGCCGGAGGUGGAUGGGAGUCCAGGACCGUUGGACUCGGUGCCGCUGUUGUAUUCACUGUGCCAGGAACAAAGUUUCGGUCCGAGCGAGAUCCAAGGGGGUGGUGCAGGGAAUGCCCCGUUAUCAUGUCUUCAAGCGGCAAUCGAUGCCGCUGCGUUCGGGGCUUUCGCGAAUAAAGCGCGACUGCCAGGGUUAGGCAUCCAAGCGAGACGAAGAUACGGACAGGCACUGCGAGAAUUGAAUCGUGCGCUGGAGAGCGUCGACGAUGCGACCAAGACCGAGACACUCGGCGCCAUAGUCAUGCUCAUUAUAUUCGAGGACGUCAACAACGAGCGCGAUCGCUUGCUGAGCACGCAUAUCACGGGGAUCCAGUAUUUGUUGAAACUACGCGGCUUGAAACAAUUACGUGACCCGGCUACGAGGUCGUUGUUUCAUUUCGCCUUUACCCAGAUGACAAUCCAAUUCCUCGGCUUCAAUGAUCCCCUCAAAAUCGACCUCGAUUGGCUCCUUGUCCUCUUCACCAUCCCGCACCCAAUCUACAACAUGAUGGCCGGGGUGUCGCGGAUCGGCAAAUAUUGCGCCACGGCUACGCAGAUGCUCUUGGCAGCAUUCUUGUCGCGAGAAACAUUGACCUCUCUGCUGGAAACAGGGGAACGGUUAGACCUCGAGUUCAAUCAGUGGCACAGAGGAAUGCCGGAUGAAUGGCUACCGCAGCGUAUCCCCUCCCCAGCGGGAGGCACACUGCUCGUAUACCCGGACACCACGGCUGCAGGGGUCUGGAACUACUAUCGCAGCGCGCGAAUCGUCCUGCAGAGAUGUCUUAUUGAGGUUCAUAAACGGCUGGAUCCGUUCUGCAAGGCCUCCUCCGGAUUACCGGAUCCGGACGUUAACCUUGACACCCCCGAGGAUGUGAUUAGAGGUAUGAUAUCCGGUAUCUGCGAUACUAUCCCCUUUGCGCUUGGAGAUGUGGAUUACUUGGGUCACGCGACAAGGAAUCAUGGACGGGAGGGAACGGGGUUGAAGGCUAUCCAGGAAUUUGCGCUCCUGUGGCCGAUCUGGAGUAUUACGCAGUGUGAACAGGCGACGUGCGGGCAGAAGAGUCUGGCUCGAGAGACGCUGUGGCGGUUGGGGUUGUCGAAUGGGAUUAAACUGGGGUUGGGGUUGGCUGAUGAGAGGACGGUGCUGGGGAUGGCUCCUGGGUUUGCAUGA